CUUAAAAGGACAUCAUUGCAACAAGUGUUACAGCAAAAUACGCUUUCGAAGGUCGUAAGCCAAAAGUUCCUUUUAGAAUAUUGAGUGCUUCAGUGUUUAAUCGUAUUUGGCCUCUCAAUCACAUGUCAAUCCGCUUCAAAUACGAUUCGAACUGAGGCUCCACCUCUCCUAAGUGCUUCAAAGUUGUUGAUCUGAUUUUGAAUUCGCACCACAGAGGUACUCUUCAAACUAGCAGAGCUGGCGCUGUUUGAUCAUGGCCAAUUUCGAUGUAAAAGGCAAGUAUGUCGUUAUUGCUGGAGCUUCUCGAGGUUUAGGAAAGGCUCUGGGCCUUGAGCUUGCGGCAAAAGGGACUCAUAUCCUACUUCUAGCGAGAGGGCAGGAAGGGUUAGAGAAAGCUCAGAAAGAAAUGCUGGCAGCUCGGCAAGAAGCAACACAAACUAUCGUUUAUCAAUGUGUAGAUCUCACAAAAUCAGCCGAGUGUACAGUUGCCAUAAGAGCUGCCGUAGACACAUACGGCUUUCAUCCAGAUCAUCUCUUCUGCGUAGCAGGAGGAACGAGCCCAGAACAGAUAGGCUUCCUCGCAGAUCUGAAGCCAGAAGGGCUGGUCUCAUGUUUGGAGGUCAAUUACUACGCUGCCAUUUUCAUCACCCAAGUCAUUCUGAAGCGAUGGAUUAGUACAGCACCAACGACUCACACUCGCCAUAUUACCUUUGUCUCCUCGAACGCAGCUUUUGUCAGCAUUCCAGGAUACAUCGCAUACACCCCAACAAAAGUUGCAAUCCGCGCAUUUGCCGACACACUCCGGCAAGAACUGCUCCUGUAUGGAGAGAAGGAUGCGUAUCAGGUUCAUUGUGCAUAUCCCGGCUGCUUCAUAUCGGAGUCUUUUCUAGCAGAGGCAGCUAACAAACCCGAACUGACCAAGAUGCUGGAGGGGAGUGACAUGCCGGAAGACCAGCUGAUUCAAAAGACAGAGUCUGCACAAUCUGUUGCGAAGAAGAUCUUGAAGGGGGUGCAAAGAGGAGAUUUCUUUAUUACGGUGGAUCUUGAAGGUGCGUUAUUGUUGAAUAAUAUGCGUGGUCCGAGUCCUCGCGAUUAUGUACUUCUGGAUAUUUUGCUGGCUCUCCUUGCCCUCAUAGUUUGGCCGUUCGUGAGGCGGGACUUCGAUGCUAAGACGACCAAAUACGGGAAAGCUCGUAGGUGGCAGUCUGGGAGAUGAAGCAAAUUUCACCGCUCGAGCAAAACUAGCCAGGUCUGAUUGAGCCCUUUUGAACACAAUGAUAGCAUGCAC